UGGCUUUCUUUGGGUUUAUCACAGUAAAGGCUCUGCCUUUUGAAGUCAUGAGAGCUCUGAAAGCUAUGGCUGCUUCUUCUGGUUGGCGCAAGCUCUUCACUCGUCGCAUUUCAUCUUCUUCUUUCGACCCACCUCCACUUGUUCACUCUCGCAGAGUCGUCGUUACUGGAAUGGGCCUGGUGACGCCAUUGGGGUGUGGGGUGGAGACUACAUGGAAGAGACUCGUAGACGGUGCCUGUGGCAUUAGGGGAUUGACACUUGAAGAUCUUAAGAUGAAUGGGUUUGAUGCAGAGACUCAAGCUCACUCCUUUGACCAGCUCACUUCCAAAGUCGCCGCUAUUGUGCCCACCGGAACCAAUUUAGGUGAAUUUAAUGAAGACUUGUGGCUCAAUUCUAAGGAGCAUCGUUCGAUUGCAAGGUUUAUAGGGUAUGCAUUGUGUGCUGCUGAUGAGGCGCUUAGAGAUGCUAAUUGGAUGCCUACUGAGGCUGAACACAAAGAAAGAACGGGUGUCUCAGUUGGUGGGGGAAUUGGAAGCAUCAGUGACAUAUUGGAUGCUGCACAGUUGAUCUGUGAGAAGCGUCUACGUCGGCUUAGUCCUUUUUUCAUCCCGCGGAUAUUGAUCAACAUGGCAGCUGGUCAUGUCAGCAUGAAAUAUGGAUUCCAGGGACCAAACCAUGCUGCAGUAACAGCAUGUGCCACUGGUGCACAUUCUCUGGGUGAUGCCACAAGGAUGAUUCAGUUUGGAGAUUCAGAUGUUAUGGUGGCUGGAGGCACAGAGUCUAGUAUUGAUGCUUUAUCAAUUGCAGGAUUUUGCAGGUCAAGGGCUUUGUCUACAAAGUACAAUUCCUCCCCAGAAGAAGCAUCACGACCUUUUGACUGUGGUCGUGAUGGGUUUGUGAUAGGUGAAGGUUCUGGUAUCUUGGUGUUGGAGGAACUUGAGCAUGCAAAGAAUCGAGGUGCAAAAAUCUAUGCAGAAGUUCGUGGUUAUGGGAUGUCAGGUGAUGCAUAUCACAUUACUCAACCACAUACUGACGGAAGAGGUGCCAUUCUAGCCAUGACUAGCGCAUUGAGACAGUCUGGGCUUCAUCCUCACCAAGUGGAUUAUGUAAAUGCCCAUGCUACCUCGACACCUUUGGGUGAUUCAAUAGAAGCCAAUGCUAUCAGGAAUGUUUUCUCUGAACAUGCAACAUCAGGUUCUCUAGCUCUGUCCUCCACAAAGGGCGCUAUUGGUCAUCUCCUUGGUGCAGCUGGGGCUGUUGAAGCAAUAUUUUCUAUAUUGGCCAUACACCAUGGAGUUGCACCAUUAACACUUAAUCUGUCAAAACCAGACCCACUAUUUAUAGAUGCUUUCAUGCCUUUGACAGCUUCAAAGGAAAUGAAUAUAAGAGCAGCUUUGUCCAACUCUUUUGGCUUUGGAGGAACAAAUGCAUCCCUGCUGUUUACGUCUCCUCCCUGACAAUGUAGCUGGUUUAAUCUUUUCUUCAAAAUUUUGUACCAUGAAUAUAAUCCCCAAAUGCAGAUGGAGUUCAUGGAAUGCUCUGGAGUCGCAGUUGCAAUGCAUAAGUAUGGGUAACAACCCUUUUUAUGAAAUUUGGAUAGGAUGAGGUAGGUGGGCUUGAGCCGAAUCAGUGUCAUCGUUAGCUGGAUAUGGAGAUCAGAUAGCGUUUCUUGGUAGCCAAAUCCUCAUAGUUUUCAGGUUACUUAGACGUUCAGUAGAAGGCUACCACCUAUAUGUAUUGUUGGACAGAAAAAAAGAAAAAGAGUUGAAAGGAAUAUUAUUGUACUGAACUACUGAUAAUGCAAUUUUGUCUGACAAGCUUUUUCUUAGACGCUUUGUUAUAGCUUUUGCUGAUGAUCUGAAGCAUCUCUUUUUAGCUCAAUAUAAAUUCUUUCUAUCUUU